CUUCAGCACUCAUUCAGGUACUUAACACCCUGGACACCCGGACCUCGGCUUUCAAGUGGUGAGGGCCGUUUAUAUAAACAGGGAUUCCUCCGAAAAGGCUCUGGCAUCCCUGAAGCCAGCGCAUGGCGAGCGCCUCCUUCUUCUACCCUUAGGAGCGGCGUCCCCAGCUGGCCCUGGCUUCCUAGCCUGCCCUGCCCCCGCCGUCUUCCCCCCCUCCUUAGCCAUGGCCACCUCUGGACGCCUCGGCUUCACGGUACGCAGUCUCCUGAAUUUACCUGAGCCGGACGCGCAGCCCCGGGUGAGGAGCGAACCGCAGACGUGCGUUUCUCAAGCCACCGCCUGGCUGGAGUCAGAGCGCAGCCACUAUCCUUCCUCUGAUGAGAGCGGCCUGGAGACCAGCCCCUCAGACCCUUCGAAGCUGACGUCCCUCGGGCCGGCAUCUCCAGGCUCCGACACCGAGAAGAGGAGGAAGCGGCGGGUGCUGUUCUCCAAGGCCCAGACCUUGGAGUUGGAGAGACGCUUCAGGCAGCAGCGCUACCUGUCAGCGCCAGAGCGGGAGCAGCUGGCUCGACUCCUGCGCCUCACGCCCACGCAGGUCAAGAUCUGGUUCCAGAACCAUCGCUACAAGCUGAAGCGUGGGCGAGCGCCAGGGGCCACGGAGUCGUCGGAUCUGGCAGCAGCACCACCUGAUCCGCACUCGGCCGCUCCCAGCCUGCUGCACCGUGUGGUGGUGCCCGUGCUAGUGCAUGACGGGCCACCCUGCAGCGGCAGGGGUGAGGGAACCCUUGCGGUAGCCCAGGACAAGUGUGGCGCACGGCCGGCUACCGCGUGCCCUGUGCCGAGCUAUGCAGCCUUCGGGCCAGGCUCGGCACUGGGCCUAUUCCCUGCCUACCAGCACUUAGCACCCCCAGCUCUGGUCUCCUGGAACUGGUGAGACUGUCGCGGGAUGCCUAGAGUCACCACGGACUCGGGGACACUGCUGUUCGGCUGGCCUCAGUAACGCUUCAACCGAGCUAGGCCCGAAAGUGAGUGGUUGGCCUUGAGGGACCCUCUUGAGGGUCCCUGGCACGCCCUAACCAGAUGUGGCAAAAACACUCACAGGGGACUUUGGCCAAGACUCCCGGUUGUUCCCCCUCUCCCCCCCCCCCCCCCGCCGCGAACCCCAAAGCUAGAUUUUAUUUCUUGAGCCUUAUUUGUAUAUUUUCAAAC